UAUAUUUGAUUUGUCCACCAUGGAUAUCGGUACUACUGCACGGAAAGGGACUUCACCAUUGAGCUCUCCCAGUCGUUCGCUUUCUGAGUCAAGAGAAACGAAUGAAAAUGAGCAGCCACUUAUUAACCAGAAACCCGUGACUAAGAAUUUCAUGUCACCCACCAUAUCUGCAGCUUCCAAAGCUUCAAUUCCAAUUCGAAAGAAAAUUUUGGCAGAAAGGAACGAACUUUCCAGCUCUUGUGAAAGCCUUCCUCCUCACAAAGCCUCAAAUCUUGGGUCUAAAACCAGUUCCCUAAAUUCGACCUCGCAUCGUUCUGGAAAAUUACCUAUUUCCUCCUACAGUUAUGCAUCUGAAUCUGACAAUGAUCAAGAAAACAACUCUGUUGUUGAUUCCUCCUAUAAGCCAUAUGACCCUCUUACUAAUGACCUCGGCCCUAGGCCUAAGUAUCUUCGAUACCAGCCGAAUAGGCGUCGUGGGACCGUUCUUGAUCUUCAGAAAUCUGAUGAUAAUCAAGGGUCAUUGCAGCAAACUCAAGAUCCCUCAAAUCUACCAGAAGAAUGUAACCUGGAGCCAGAGAAUGAUGAAGAUUUGGUGGAGGAUAGCAUUGAGGAUGAUGAAGAAGAAAUAGAAGAGGAAGUGGACCAGGAAUGGAGUUUGAAAGGGGUUUUCAAGAUUCUGCUUUUACUGGUUGUUUUCUUUCUGUCAGGAUCAAAUUUAUCAUCCAUGGACUCCGUGGUGAGUUCAGGUUCUGGCGAUAUGAUUCGCAAGAACAUCUUUGAAGCUGUUUUCCACGAAGUUUAUGGGACUGGAAGUGUAUAUGUGGAUGAGCCAGAGUAUUAUCAAAGUGGUUUUCUGGAAUUGAGUCAAAGAGAGGUUAAUUAUGAACUUAAAGCAGUCGAAUUUGUUGAAGAUAUUUUGGAGCUGUUGGAAGUGGAAAGUGUUGAAAUGGAGGAAACAACUGAACCACAGAAAGGACCGAGUGCGGAUAUUGAUAUUGAUCAGGACGACAUGGAGGUCGAAGUUAUUCAUAGUGUUGUACGUGGUGAUGAAGAGGAGGAAACCAUGUCAACAACUGCUGAUGAAGUUACUAAUUCCAAUGAAGUGGAUGAGGAAGAAGUUAGAGAUUUUGAUGAUCAGCUGCAGAGGGAUCAAGCUCUUGAGAAGCAAGAUCCUGAGCAAGAGAACCUUGAAGUAUUGACUGAUGACAUUUCAAGUACUAAUGCAAAUGAGCCCAAAUUUGAGCUAGCAGAAGAUGACAACAAGGUUGAGUAUGUUGAAAAGAUCUCACAUGAACAAGCUGAUGAAGCAGAAAUAUCAGAGACAGUAUCAGAAGGAGCUGAAGAAAUUGAAACAGAAGUUGAAAUCAGCAAUCUUGGCACUGAAAUAGAGUCGGAGAAUGCUGAAGUCAAAAAAAUUGGACCAAGUAACACUGUUAUUGUUGUCGGAGUUUCAGCAGCUUCAGUGAUUUUGAUGGCCUCCCUGGUUAUCAUCUAUGUUACAAGGAAACCAAAAGCUUCAAUUGGAACUCCUCAAGCUGCAAUACCCAAAACUUCUAGUGUUAUUGCUAGUAUUGAAGGUGAAUUCUUAGAGAGGAAAACUGAAGCUUCUGUAAAGGUUUCAUCUUUGCAAGAACCACUGAAUGAUCCCUCAGAAAAUCGCAGGAACUCUCACUUUGAGAGAACACCUGCCAUUGGAUCCAUUACACAAGCUUCAUCUUUGUGUGGACCAACGGAAGAAGCAUCGAAAGAGAUCAGCCACAUCAGUGCACCAAACAUUGAACUACUAGGUGAAAUGAUUGUUGGAGAAGUCAGCAGCUCCCUUAGAAGCUGUUUUAGGAAAAACAGCAUGCUUGAAGCAGAAGGGAGCAACACUAAUUUAUCUAAAGGUGGUGUUUUACCUCCUGCUCAACCAUCUGUUGUGGAUCAUUCUAUAACAGAUUCUCCAUCAUAUGGAAGCUUUACAGCUGAAAAGAAGAAGAUCUUGAAGAAAAAGGUGGAGAAAGAUGGAGAAGAGAUCAAGAAGGUGUUGACAACCCCAGUAAGGAGAUCAAGUCGAAUUCGAGAUCGUAUUGGCAUGUCCCCUUGAAUGAUUCAAUCUACUGUAGGAGUUUUUGUUUGUUUAGUGGAAACAGCAUCUCUGUUGUUUCAUAUUCUUUGGUCUUCUUUCAGAUCAAAUUCUAGGAAUUAUGUACUAAUGUAUGUAUCAAGUGCAAAAAGCAUUGGAUAUGUAACUUGUAGGAAAUAAUUAUCUUAACUUUCAAUGGAGAAUUCACUUAUCUUGAUCUCA